UGCUACAGAGACAGAAGUUCAUUAGGAAAUGAGAUUGGGAGUUCAGAGAUCACUUUGAAACAACCCAGAAUUAAAUUCUGCAUCUGGCUACAGCUGGACAGGGAAUUCUGUGGCAUCAUGAAAAAGCUGGGACAGGCUGUCAUAGGAGAGCAACCUAUGGCUGGAGAGAGAAUGCUCAGGAUGCCCAGCUUCCUCCUAAAGCCCACCAGGGUCAUGCUGAGCCACAAGCCCUGGGCACUGUUUAUCCUCAUCUUUGUGUUUGUAUCCUUUGCGUACAUCAAGUUGUAUUCGAAUAUCUGGGAGGACCCAAAGAGCAGAGGCCCCCUCUACGGCUCGUCUGCUGAAAUCAGCUGUGCUCACUAUGUGCCUUCUUCCCUCAACAUUGCUGGUGGGCCCUCUCCUUCUACAGGAAGUGUGUUUUUUGUGGAGACCUCAGAGCAAACUACCCCAAGUUACCUGUUCUCAUGCUCUGUGGAGUCAGCGGCCAGGGCACACCCCGCAUCAAGAGUUGUGGUGCUCAUGAAAGGCUUGGCCAAAGAGAAUGCCUCCUUACCCAGGCACUGGGCUUUCUCCUUGCUGAGCUGCUUCCCCAAUGUGGAAAUCCAGCCCCUGGACUUGACAGACCUCUUUUCUGGAACACCUCUGAAAAGUUGGUACAUGUGGCCUCUGCGCCACUGGGAGCCUCAUUUUUUACCUGUCCUCUCUGAUGCCUGCAGGAUUGUCCUCAUGUGGAAAUUUGGUGGCAUCUACCUGGAUACAGAUUUCAUUGUGCUUAAGAACUUACAGAACCUCACCGAUGCACUCGGGAUUCAGGAUGACGUUGAACUGAAUGGGGCCUUUCUGUCCUUUAAGCCCAAACACAAGUUCAUGGAGCUUUGCAUGCAGGACUUUGUGCAGAAUUACAAUGGCUGGGUCUGGGGCCACCAGGGCCCAAAGCUCCUAACUCGUGUCUUUAAGAAAUGGUGCUCCAUCCAGACUAUCAAGAGCAUGAGCUGCAAAGGUGUGAGUGCUCUUGCCCCAGAAGUUGUUUAUCCCAUUCCCUGGCAGGACUGGAAGAAAUUGUUUGAGCCAGUCAGUGCCUUGGAGCUUCGCAAACUCCUGAAGAACACCUAUGCAGUGCACGUAUGGAACAAACUGAGCCAUGGGACCAAGUUAGAGAUCCCCUCCCAGGCUCUGCUGGCUCAGCUCUAUUCCCAGUUCUGCCCUGCCACCUACACAAAGAUGAAACAGGACUCUGAAGAGUUGUCAAGGGGUGCAGUGUGACCUGAGGGCCCUUGGCUGCAGAGAUGUUCCCCAGACCGAAGGAAACCGAGUGCCUUUGACAUUCUCCAGAGUUGGUUUCUAGACCCCAGAGCAGGUGUUCUGCGUGACAGCUCUGUGGUUUUGUACCAUUUCUGUUCUCUGCCUCCGAUCCUUUGAGUUCCAAAUUUACAGCAGAACCUGAGUUCAGCCUCUCUUGCUGUCCUUCAGGAGACCUCUUGCUGCAAGGGAGGUUGAACUUGUUCUUCAGCAUCCCUCAGCUGGUCCUCUCUUGGUUUUCUCCAAC